AUUUACGUGAAUCUUCGUCCCUGGCCUCGAGGCUAUCCUAUCCUUGACAUGUUUGAUCCUCCACCUGCCGGCCUCCAAUCCGAGCUCAUAGUGCUAGAUCUAGCGAAGAUGAAAGUAGUUGGUAGAUCUAAUCCUUUGCAGAGAAUAUUUACCCCUGCUGAUAUGUGUAAACACUGCCCUGUUCAGGUAACCCAUGAACAUGUGUUUACUACGGUUGGAGACUAUGGUAUAGUUGUGGACCGGCAUCACGGCGUCGAAAUCUCUCGUCUUGAACACCCUGAUGUAACUAUAUGUGUUGGUAACCCUCAUGCUCAGGGUUGUGUUGUAACUGGCGGAGAAGAUGGUGUUAUAAAUGUUUGGAACUAAACAAUUAUCAUUUUCUAGAAAAUAAACUAUUUAAAAAGUA